AUGGAACAAGAGUCAGCGGUUUCAAAGUCGAAUGAGACGGUUGAAGGAGAUCCCAAUAUCUCUGAAAGCCCAAUCGAAGCACACUCAGGUCCGUCUAUAUCAACGAAACGUCGCACAAACCGCGAGUUAGCUAGGAUAGCCCUGGUGUGUGCAAACGGCACAGGUAUGACCGCGUUGGAGAUAAUCGACUGGUUGGCUUUGAGGUUCUCCCACUUGAAAAAGGGUCAAGGCGGCUGGGAAAAGAGUGUUAAGUCCGUUCUCUCCUUUCAACCUGAGUUCUACGGCGUGAAGCCUUCAAGACGGCCAUAUGAACGGAUUGUGUACAACUUCACCAGCACAGCCAAUAGGGCGAAAUACGAAGAAGAGUACCACGAGUACCUUCCUUUGGCUUCAGUACCGGGACCCCAGGACGGUCACGGGAAGGCCGGGAAGAGUGCACCACAGCGUUCUGUAGCGGACAAUGUCAUGCAGCCCGAGGAAAUCCAGGAUGAACAACCAAUUCAGACCAAGAGAAGAACUGCCAGAGCUAUCAAGAGUGCACCAAGCCGCCGGAAUGCUAUAACUGACGAUUCUCUACCGACAUUAUUGGUGGAGGAGGUUACUACAGAUGCUGAACCAGGAUUCAACCCAUUCGAGCGUGCUACUGUCUCACGUCCGACAAGGGCGCCUUUCGACGAUCUGGAGGCCCAACGCGGAACGGACUUCCGUAGUGCAUACUCGCCCAACACAGCGCCCUCCAUUGAGACGAUGACUUCGGAGGAGAAGGCUGCAAAGAUUGCAGAGAUCAGAGCUAGGCCAUCACGGAAGCAGUUCUUCGGAGCGAACUGGCGUUUGGCACAUGUGCGAAAAUACGGGCGGGAGGAUAUCCACGAUGAAAGCGAUGGUGCAUGGAAGUCCCACCACACAACGGAGAGAUCGACGGCGGAUCGCAACUCUGCUACGAACGAUCGCGACGAGAAUCAGUCUUUGCUACAGGUCUUCAAUCUUCCGGCCAAUACGCGCCCUUUCAGUGACGGCAACGAGCUGGUUUUUCGGAACGUCACAUCGGUAAGUGACACCACACCCAGUCUUCCAGGGUAA